AUGAAGAUUUUCGAUGCCACCAUCACCGGUGACCAUGAGUACGAAUCCUUCGACAAGGCACUUUGGAAGAGUUUUCUAAACCUGAACAACGCGUACGCGGAGGUGAUUACCACGCACGGCGAUGAGAACACGCUUGUUUGGAUCCACGACUACGAGCUCGUGAUGGUCCCCCGCUUCGUCUAUCACCGCAAUCCAGACUUCACCACUGGUCUUUUUCUUCAUUGUGCGUUUCCUAGCACCGAGGUGAUGAGCUGUUUGCCCGUCCGAGAGGACAUCCUCCAGGGCAUGCUGAGCAGCAGGCUGGUGACCUUCCAGACCUUUGACUACUUGAGGCACUUCAUGUCCUGCUGCUCCUCGGUGCUGGGAACCCGCCACUCCUUUCAGAAGGGUGGCAUCCUGCAGGUGGACUGGUUGCAACUGCCAACGAUCAUCCAAGACCCUGGGCGGAAGCAGGAACUGCGGCCACUUCUCCAGGCGGCCGUGGACACGUUGGAUGUGCCACUUUCGACUCUCUGCGGUGCAGUUGACUUCUGCGUCUUGGGCGUUUUUGUGCUGCAGGUUCAGGCGAUAUUUGGUCUGACCCUUGCCGCAGCCUUGGGCCGCGAGGAACUGCAAGCCCUGAUGAAACGAAGUGUUGAAGACAUGGUGCCGGUUCUGAGCAGGUACCUUCCUCAACAGCAGACAACACUGCAAAGUGAGUUUGGUGCCGAACGAGGAGCUGACACACUGCCCAAGGUUGCCAUGCAACUGCUGGGCCGGCUUCUUCACUCUCUCGCAGACCUGCCCACACAGGAGCAGUUCUCCUUCGGGAAGAACUGGAAGCAAUUCAUCGAGAAAGGCCGCCUUUCCGCCGCUGGGCUGCUCAGCUCCGUGCGGGAGCUCCGGCGCUGCGCGGGCGGCUUUGGCUUCGAGAAACUGAAGGUCUUGGACUUGGGCUGCGGUUCCGGACUCAGCUCCUUGGCUUUCCGACUGCUGGGAGCCGAGUCCGUCCUCUCCGCAGAUCUCCAGCCGGCGUCUCUGGAGGCGGCCCGGCAGCUCCGACAGCUCUUCGACGGAGACGGAGGAGGGGAGUGGCGGCUCCUUCCUUUGUCGGUUUUGGAUGCACGGUCCUUAGCUGGCCUGGGAGAAGUCGACGUCGUUUAUUCCUGGGGCGUCCUGCAUCAUACAGGUGAUGUCUGGCAGGCCCUCCACAACGCUCAACUGCCCUUGGCUGAUGACGGCCUGCUUUUGGCAGCUGUAUAUGCAGAAGAGUUCUACGAUGAGCAGGAUCACAUCCUGCUGAUGAAGCAGUUUUACCAGAAUGCAACUGCUCGCCAGCAGCAGGAUCUCGAGAUUGCGAUAGGUCUGGAGUGGCUCCGCCCAUUACUGCGGGACGGCCGAAGCCCCUUUGAAGUAAUACGGAGUUUUUCCCAGAUGAGAGGCAUGGACUUCUGGACUGAUGUUCGGGACUGGUUGGGGGGCUGGCCCAUGGAGUUCGUGAGCUCCUCCGCGGUGCUUGCCUUCGCCCGCCGCGCAGGCCUCCGUUGCAUUGGCCUGCGCCGCAAUGGUGGAAACACCGAGUUCGCCCUGACGCGGCCCGGCCGCGGUGUCGAGAGGUGGACUCAAGGACGCCGCUGCGAGCACCUGCCUGGCUUUCAAGAGGAUAAAGACGGAAGCUUCUUUGCAGUCCAGGAGUAUUUUUACUUCCGAUCCGACAAUGUCUCUCCGAGAAGCUGGUGGUUUUGCAGGUUGCCCAAGUGGAUGCAUGAGUAUGCCGAUGGGCAAAAGGAACCUCAACAGAGCCGUCUCUUGCUUUUGACCCAGGACGGAGAACCUUUCGGUUAUCCAAGUGCCCAGUUCGCCCGCCCGGAUAGCCUGGCGGAUCCGCGGUUGUCCUUCCAUGCCUUUUGGGAGGGUGUUGCCUACGUGUCUCCAGGGCAUACCCAGACGGACCUGACUGGGCUUCGAGCCUGUGUGCUGCCACCAGCCGAGCUCUCUGCCCAAGAAGAGGCAAAUAUUGAGGUUGAGCACGAGAAUCGGAGCGUGGUGGUCUUUGCUGAUCACUUCACCGUCCCCUACAAUCAUCUAAUCAAGAAGAUCUCUGACGAGAAGGUUGUUGAGCGAGCGGCUUCCAUCCGGAACCAGUUCAAGGGCAAAACAAUCAUCGGUGCCUAUGACCGAUUCGACUGCUUCAGCGGGCUAACGCUCAAGCUGCGCACUUUCCACCGUUUUUUGCAGGAGUAUCGCUCGCACAGGCGGAGUGUGGUUCUUGUGCAGUACAUUCGCGGGCGUGCCACGGACUCGAAACGGAAGGGCAUGGUGAGCAUUGAAGAGCUUCGGCAGAUGGCGGACGCCACCAACAAAGCCUUCGGUGUGGAAGGGGAGCCGCCACUGGUCACUAUCGUUGUGGAGGCGACAGACAUUCUGCUGGACACCUCCACGAACGAUGGCUUGAACCUCAUUCCAUUCAACUUCUAUGCGGCACACUCGCAGGACCAGAAAGGCGUGGCGUUGAUCUCCGAGUUCUGCGGCUGCUCCUCCGUGUUAACAGGUGCCUUCAAGAUCAAUCCUUGGAACACCGGUGCUGUCCUUACCGCCCUGGACCAGGCGAUCAGUAUCACUCCGGAGGACCAGGCCUUGCGAUUCACCAAGGACCACUCCUACGUCUCUUCGCAGACGCUUGUUCAGUGGGUCCACAAGAAUCUGUCUGAACUGAAGGUCACCAGGAAUAGCAGAGAGCUGACGUACCGCGCAUCAAUGGCAGGUCCUGUGCACCUGCCUGCGGAGGAAGUCGCAGCCGCUUACAAUGCCGCGAAGAAGCGAGCAAUCUUCCUUGACAACGAGGGGACUAUUGCAGCCAAGCAGAAGUGGCAAAUUGAGUCGACCACAAUGGUGGCAUUGCAGAAGCAAGGACAGCCUCCGGACCCAUACGUCGUCGACCUGCUGCAGACCUUGGUCAACGAUCGUGGGAACACCGUUGUUGUCCUGUCGGGUCGCAACAAGCAGGUCAUGGAGGAGUGGUUUGGAUCUGUUGACGGCCUCGGCCUCUUCGCCGAGCAUGGCUUUCACCGGCUCCUUCCGCGCACGCUCCGAGAGGCACAGCAGCAGGACGGAAGCGAGCGAGGAUGGAAGCUGCUGAAAGCACAAGAAGCCCUGGACCCAACCAUAUUGACAGUGAGCUCACCGCCCCAAAUUGGCAGCACGCACGAGGAUCUCUGCAUUGAGCUCAUGAAGCAAUAUGUGCAGCGCAUCCAGGGCAGCGUCCUGGAAGCAAAGGCAUGUGCCAUUUCCUGGAACUACCGUGAGGUCGGUGCCACGGGAGUCAUCGACGAUGUGGCUCUUGAGCUGGGGAGGCGGUCGCUCCGCGACACUCUGCCACAAAGGUUCUUGGAUCCAGAGGUGAAGGUCAUCAUGGGCAAGGGCUACGUGGAAGUGAAACGUGCAGACGUCGACAAGGGCCGAGCCGUCAUUCAGACCUUGGAAGAGCUGGGCAGCGUUGACUUCGUCCUCAGCAUUGGUGACGAUCGAUCCGAUGAGGAUAUGUUCGGGGCGAUUUCGGACUACUUCAAGCGGAACGGGGACGCCUCUGCCGCGCUCUCCGCCAACCCAUCGCAGAGCUCGCUCAGACGAGUCGGCGCCGGCGCUUCGUCGAUGGCCUCUUCGCUCGACGGUCUAGCCCCAUCGCCCAACGAUUCACCCAAUCUCUCACCAAAGGACAAGAAGGCCGUUCGCUCCGUGAACUUUUGUGACAAGGGGGCAAGGCAUUUCUGUGCAGACGUGGACGAAGUCACACAGCUUCUGAAGAAGACCAACCAGGCUGAGAUGAACGACUUCAGGUCCAUCGUGGGAAGAAUUACUGUUUCACGAGCGGGCAUUGAAGAAGCGAACAGGAGUACGAAGGCCAACAGGACCAAGACGAUCACGAAGACUCUCAAGACGAGCGCCCAGAUGCUCCUGGUUUCGUCUUGCAGCAUCUCUUCUAGUUGUACAACAGAUGGCCUGCCCAUCUGCUCCGAAAUUGAAGAGGCAAAGCAGACCUUCAUGACAGCGAAAACCGCCGUCUUUCAAGGGACAGCACUUUGUCUCUUGGCACUGAGGAAGGGCAGGAAGGAUGCCUUCGAGCCAUGUCAGGAGCGAGUUUCGGCCUGUGGCCCUCAGGACGGUCCGCUUCGUUCGCUGCAGGGAGGCCCGAAAGCCGACGAGCUUCAUCCACACAGGCUGGCGGCGCUGAUCCGCAGGCUCCAGCAUGGGCGCAGCCACUCGUGGUCGGCCAGGGCGGCAGUUCUGUCUGCACCUCGAUCUGCUUCCGUGCUUUGGACAGCGUUCAGCGGAUUUCGGGACCGAAUGAGGUGCACGCUCGGCGUGAAUGUCCGCGAAAAGAACCGCUCUCGGUUAGUUCUCAAGGCGACGGAUGCUCGGAGCGAGGUGCUUCGCUCUGAAGAUCUAAAGCGACUCCUGGCGGAGGUCUACGACUCCAAGGACACCAGGUGGGUUCUCCAGCGACUGCAAGAGCAGCCGGUGCAGAACAACACCAUGGUGGCCUUCAAGACCUUAGUAGUCCUUCACCGCAUCCUUCAAUGUUCGCCACCGCAGGCCGCAGAUCUGACAAGGUCCAGCACUUUGCUGGCGUCCAUCGUCGCAGCUUGGAGCCAGGCAGCUAGCGACGGACACGGCACACAGGCGUUCCACGGCAUCCAGGUGGUGAUCGACUAUGCACAGAUGCUCCAAAGUAAGCUAGAGCUCAUGAACAAAGAUUCUGGCUGCGGCUACUUCACGGGAAAUUUCUGCUUCAGCCGUAGCAUGGCCGAACCUUGCGACCUCCUGCAGGCCUUGGCGCUUUUGCUGUCGCUGGCGGAGAAGCUGAUGCCCCUGGCGCUCGAGCUCACGCAGGAGCAGGAUUGGAUCUCCCCAGAGCAGUCACCCUUCGGCCGUCUGUACCUUGGAGCCGUCCCAACGUUGCUGGACGAGGCAUGGCAGCUUCUAUGUGCAGUCUCGGUUUUCGUGCGUGACUUGCUGUGGCAGGUCCAUGCUGCCGCGAAGUUUCUUUGCACCAGGGAGGAGCCACGUCAACGCCAAAACCCUGGACCUCCUUGGCUGGAGCUCGCAAUGCACCUCCUGCAAGCCCAGCCUCGCUUUGUGCGAUUCCACAGCGCCAUGUGCGACUUUGUGGCCCUCUGCCACCAAUUGCGAUGUGCAGGCUACGCCGAGCUCGCCCCGCCUUACAGUAUCCCUGCGGUGCCCCAGGCUUUGCUGAACCUCUUCGCAGACUUCGAAGAGCUCGUAAAGGGCCACUGUGCUGAGCGGGGAACUCCGCUGACCGAAGCGCCGAAGCCAACGAAGAUCGCAUCCUCAAGGAGCUCGAGCAAGUCCUCCGAAGCUUCCAAGGCAACAGGCAGCACAGACAACAUCAGCACCGUAUCUACUGCUGCCGGCAGCACCGUCGCUCCUGAAACAGGUGGCUCGACCUGGUAUCCGUCUGCGCGUGUCAUGGACGCCCUCCGAACCGUGGAUAGCCUCCAGCGGUCACCGUUGCUAGCUGAAGAGGAAAGCACAGGCGAGGAUCCGAAGGAUCACGGCUAUGAUCUCCUUGACAGCAGCAGUGGCGAGCAGCCGGCCCUCGUGCAGGAAAAGCUGCAUACACCGGUCGAGCCAUCGAGUGAGGUCGCAGAGGCUGCACCCGGACAAUGCGGUAAUGGAGGGCCGACCACUCCGCUGCUGAAAGCAAGCUUGAUCUUCGAGGAUCCGAAGUUGCCCAGCUGGGCAGCAGCUAUUUGCAGGCCCAGGGUUUCCUUUACCUUCUCCCACAGCACCUCUGAGCGAGAACCAAUCGAGUGGAACAUGCCCACGUGA